AUGCGUGUUUCAAUUAUCUUUUCCUCCUGCGUAUCUUUUCUGUGGAUCGUCAAGGUUGGCGCUCUAAUACAAAGACAAGAAAUCGUCCAAGCCUAUAAUGUUUACCGUAACGCUAGUUCUGCAACUACACCUCUGCAAGUUGGCAAUGGUAACUUUGCCUUCGGUGUCGAUGUGACAGGGCUCCAGACCUUCCGUCCUUUUGCGACCAUGUCGACAUGGGGUUGGCAUAACUUCAGUUUGCCGACGACUCCGAAUCAAACAUCUGUGGAAGACUUUACCGGUUUGGACUGGUGGUCCCAUGGACGGCUUGUGAACUAUGAUCAGCCCAAUCCAGCUGAGGCUGAUAUAUCAAACUGGCUAAUCCAGAAUCCUCAACGGUUGAAUUUGGGUAAUAUUGGUUUUUGGUUUGCGAACGCGAAUGUUACGGAAGGUGACCUGGAGAAGAAAAGUCAGGUUCUCGAUUUAUGGAACGGCGUAAUCACUUCAACGUUUCUGUACAAUGGCAGCCAAGUCCGUAUUGAGGUAUCGGCGGCGUCAGACGCUGAUAUUGUCAUAAUCAAUGUGGAGUCUGAACUGCUUAGUAUCGGCUCUUUGGGUUUGUUUUUCGACUUUCCAUAUUCAGAUGUGAAUAAAUUCGAUGCGCCAUUUGUAGGCGUGUGGAAUGCCAGCAGUAAACACUCUACAUUUCUUGAUAGUGCGGACAACGAGGCCGCUAUACAACAUACUUUAGACGAUACUAGCUACUGUUUUACCGCGAGAUGGGAAGGCAAAGGUCAGGUGUCGGGUCCGAAGGAAGGCACGCAUAGAUACUUUCUCACAACUCCGGGCUCCAGCAAUCUGAAAAUGACAGCGACGUUCUCGGAUGAGGCAAGCUGUGGAAAAGCUAGAACUACGAGUGUGCCAUCUGUAGCUGAUCUUACUGAUAGCUCCAAGACGUGGUGGAAGACUUAUUGGGAAUCAGGGGCAUUCAUUGACUUGAGUUCUGUUGACUCCACAAAUGCAACUGAGCUCCAACGACGAACUAUUCUAUCUCAAUACCUGUUGGCGGUCAAUUCGGCGUCAGAUUUUCCUCCCCAAGAAUCUGGUCUUGUGAAUAAUGGGUGGUAUGGAAAAUUCCACCUCGAGAUGGUCUUCUGGCAUCUGAUGCAUUUUGCUCGAUGGAAUCAUUUCGACCUUCUUUGGCGAAGCAUGCCAGGAAUGUACGAGCAGUUCCUCGAAUCUUCACUCGACAGGGCCAGACUUCAAGGAUAUGAAGGCGCCCGCUGGGGGAAAAUGACCGACCCGACCGGCCGUAGCGCUCCUGGGGGAAUCAACUCUCUUUUGAUCUGGCAGCAACCGCAUCCGAUGUACUUUGCCGAGAUCGAAUACCGAUCGUUCCCAAAUGAAACGACACUUGAAAGGUGGGAUGGGGUAUUGACAGCUGCAGCAGACUUCAUGGCAUCAUUCGCGUGGUAUAAUGCCACUACGGGAGUCUAUGAUUUGGGUCCACCAAUGUAUCCCGUCUCUGAGAAUACUAAUCCAAAUGCGACAAUCAACCCAACCUUUGAGCUGGCGUACUGGAGAUUUGGUCUUGAUGUAGCUAUGAGCUGGAAAGAGCGUCAGGGGAAGUCUAUCCCUGAGAAUUGGAAGAACGUGCGGGAAAAUCUUGCUCCCCUGCCCAUCGUCAACGACACAUACCCCGUGUACGAGGGUAUUCCCAAUAUGUGGACAGACAACGAAACAACAUCUGAUCAUCCAGCAAUGGCCGGUAUAUAUGGAUGGCUCCCACCCCCUAGCUCUUCUCCCCUCAAUAUGACCAUUGUUAGUAACACUGCCUCCAAAAUCCACUCCCUUUGGGAUUUAGAAGAUUCAUAUGGUUGGGACUUUGCUCUACUGGCCAUGAAUUCUCUUCGUCUAGGCGACACAGACCAAGCAAUAGAGUACCUGUUACAUCCCAUCUUUCAAUUCGAUGACGCUGGAUAUCCCGUAGGAGGAUCCCGCGUGCCGACUCCGUACUUCCCGAACGCGGGGGGAUUAAUGCUUGCAAUGGCAAUGAUGGCAGGGGGCUGGGAUGGUGAGCCUGGAACGCAUUUUCCCGAGGAUUGGGAUGUCAAAGUGGAGGGAUUUGUGCCGGGCUUAGCGACGUUGCCCAGAAUGACUAAAUUUGAUAUUGCGAUUGUUUCCGACACCGUCUGCCCGUGGUGUUAUGUUGGAAAGCAAAAACUCGAGCAAGGAAUCACGGCAUACAAACAACGACAUCCUGAUUCCAAUGAUACAUUUAGUAUCUCAUGGCAUCCAUUUUACCUUGCUCCAGAAGCGCCUACAACGGGUGUGGAUAAACGAGCAUGGUACCUUGCUCGCUUUGGGGAAGAGAGAAUGACGGCAGCUUUUGGCCGACUUUCUGAAAUUGGAAAAGAUGUCGGUAUCGACUUUAAGUUUGGAGGAAAGACGGGAGCUACGAGAACCAGUCAUCGCCUUAUUCAAUUGGGAAAGACAAAGUCGCCAGCUAUGCAAACGAAAGUAGUGGAAUCAUUAUUCAAAUCGUAUUUUGAAGAAGAAGGCGAUAUUACGAGUCAUGAAGUGUUACGUAAUGCCGCAGUACGAGCUGGUUUGGACGAGAAGGAAGUCAACGAAUGGUUGGAGAGUGAGAAGGGGGGAGUAGAGGUUGAUAGGGAGGUUGAAGAGGCGAGGAGAAAUUCGAUUAGCGGGGUACCGAAUUUCACUAUCCAGGGAAAAUAUGAGAUUGGGGGUGCCCAGGACUCUGCAGUAUUCUUGAGGUUGUUUGAGAAGAUCAAGGAGAUGGAGGAAUCGUCGAAAGCUUAG